AUGGACGGCAUUCCAGCAACGCAAGAUAAUACCGACCUCCUGACGGCUAUGAUAGCCGGCUCAGGUGCCGCAGUGGUACAGACUGUGGUGACGUAUCCGUUUGAAUACGUGAAAACCACAUCCCAGAUAACCAAUAGCUCGCUACUCAAGACUCCCUACCAUAUUCCAACCAACAGCGUGCGCUCGUUGUUCAUUGGCUGCAACGGCCUGGCAUUGGGGAAUGCGCUCAAGGCAUCCUCUCGGUUUCUGAUUUUCAACAGCAUGACAAGGUUCAUGGGCACCGAUAACAGCAAAGCCAACGCCCCAAGAGUGGUGGUUGCUGGUUUGAUGACCGGCUUUUUAGAGACACUGUGGGUGAUACCCGUCGAGAACAUAAAGACGCGAAUGAUUGAGAAUGCAAUGGACAAGCAGGGGUAUCGGCUGCCGCUUCCGUCCUAUGCAGCGGCCUCGGGAGAAGAUGGGCUGGAAAAACCAAGACUUACCAAACGGCCCUUGGAAAGCAAACCAUUCAACCCUCGCCAAAAAUACAUUGACUACUACCGCGCAAACCCGUCCACCACCUUUUUCAAGGCGAUCAAAGAGAUCUAUGAGACAACGGGUCUUUCAGGAUUCAAGAGAGGUUCUUUGAUCACUAUCUUCAGACAGACUAUGAAUAGCAUGGUUUGGUUUUCGACAUAUAACUUCCUGCAGCAGUUUAUUGAUCCCACCAGAGACUCAAUCACGGACCUGGAGCUGAUGGGAAUGGGCGGACAUCAUGACGCUUGUAGUGAAGACGUUCAUGCAGGAGGGCGUGGCCAAGAUGUGGAGUGGAUGGCUUCCACGGUUGAUGAAGGUGUCCUGCAGUUCGUCCAUUACACUGGUGACUUACGAAAUGCUCCAGAAGGGAGUGAACGGUUUGACAGAUAUUAA